AUGGCGAAGGGCGGGCUGACCAAGCUCCGGUGCAUGAUCAAGAGGUGGCACUCGUCCAGCCGCAUCGCCCGCGCGCCGUCGCCGGGCCGCGUCGAGGACGACGGCGGCGGCGCGCGCGGCCGCGGCGCGUCGUUCCACGGCGCGGACGAGGUGCCCAAGGGCCUGCACCCGGUGUACGUCGGCAGGUCGCGCCGCCGGUACCUCAUCGCCCAGGAGCUGGUGAGCCACCCGCUGUUCCAGACCCUCGUCGACCGCACCGGCGGCGGCGCCACCGGGGGAGCAGCGGGUACCACCGUCGUCGGCUGCGAGGUCGUCCUGUUCGAGCACCUGCUGUGGAUGCUGGAGAACGCCGACCCGCAGCCGGAGUCCCUCGACGAGCUCGUUGACUACUACGCGUGCUGA